AUGGAUGGCGAGUGUGGCGCAGUCGUGGCAUCAUUUCUAUCUUUGCAAGAGCGCCGUGAACUCCGAGCAGUUAGCCGACGGUGGCUGUUCACUUGCUCUUGGUUGCAAUUCAAUGACAGCGAUGAAGCUGCUGGGCAGUCUAGAAACUCAGUGUGGAAUCUGCGCAGCCGCGCGUUUCGACACGCGUGGACCACGUUCAUGCGCAAUGAAAGCCAUUCGUUUCUACCACAUCUACUGGAGCUGCUGCCCGCGAUUGCAAUAACGGAUACGAUGGAGCUCAAAAAAGGGCUUUGCUUAUCCACAACUACAGGGCGUCGACCGUCAUUCACGAACACGCAUGCUCGAAGCGGGUAUAUCCAGCAGAAGAUCAAUCGCUGCGGGAAUUUGCCCAACCUGCUGCUGACUGCAGAACUAAGUGAGCUGCGGUCGAAAUUGUUCCGAAGUCGCCGAUCCGGGUAUUGGAACAUGGCUUUGUAUGGUGGAGGUCCGGCGUACGACGUCCUUGGACUCGUCUUCAUGCGGAAGUACUUUCGAGCUCAGGACGUGGAGUUCCGUGCCACAGUAUACGACAACGAACCAGGUUGGAAAGGUGCGAUUGAUGCUGUGGAGCAGACGUUCGACCGACUUGGCCAACGUAACAUCUCACUGAGCUUCCAGCAUUGCGACAUCACGCUCGACAUGUGUGCUGCGGAGAACGACGACGUGCGCCGCUCACUUGGGUCCACGAAUCUGCACCUCUUCUCCUUUGUGUGCGUCGAGAAUUUCUGUCUCCUGCGUGACAGCGCCUACGUGUUUCUCCAGGCGCUCUUCUCACAAUGCAGUGACGGCAGCUAUUUCAUCUUUACCGACUCGACGCAUCGGCUAUGGCCUGCCAUUUUCCACGUCGCCAACACCCUGGCACCCGACAGGUUCCGUGUGUCAACGCCGUAUGCUCGCAGCUGCCACUACGCUCUCGUCCUGGAGAAACUCCCGAGCUACUCAACACCCGCCGCAUCCUCCUCCCCAUUCUACACGCAAGCGAUGCACAACCUCCGAGACUUCCAACGCCAUCAACAACACCACCUCGACAAUAGCGAGAAGAACGGGACCUACGCGAGAAGCACCAAUCUAGUCGAGUAA